CCAUUGAAACGCUGACCAUGGCGACAUCCUGAGAAUUAGUUUUUUUCUCCACUCCUCUAUCCCAAAAAAUAUCGAGAGGGGCAGGUUAAAAACCUCUGGCAUGCGAUCGAGGAUGUAUCAAUUUAUCAUGUCGGCCAAUUCACGUCCCGAACAAAUACAUUGGUCCGCGAGUGCUGAUGCAAGGUCACUUGUUGUCGUUGUAUUGAUGAGGUGAUUCUAAGGUGAUUCUAUAGGGUGAUUCUAUCGGAGGGUGAUUCGUCUUUUGUGAUCAUGACUUGUUUCAAGGCCAUGCGGAUUUGAAAGCUAUUGGAUACUUUCAAUAUUAAAUACUUUUGUCAAAUUUCUCAUUUGUCAUUUUGGCCGUCGGUUUCCUAGAGGUUGUUGGGCGCAAAGUUAAAAGAAACACGCUUUAUAGUUAUAGAAAGUAGACGAGUGGCGAUGUAGUAUAGCUCUAAAUUCCUUGGAAAAGGACAGAUUUUUCUUUGCCGCAUGGUAUUGGUUUUGGGAAUAUCCGUGGUGACAAUACUUGCAAAAAAAUAUAGCGAAUAAAUUAAAUACUGACCAUCUGAAUGUUACCAGUCGAAAAAGGUACCACAAUGACAAAAAUGAAAAUGAAUCUCUUGCAUCGGUCCAUCAUGGAUAAAGGAAUCGCCAGUCUGUUCUUAUUUUGGUUCCUUUUUUCUGAUGGUUCUGGAACCAUGUGCAAGAGCACGGAAUUCGUUGGAAUGACCCUUAGGGAUAUUGGUACUGGUACAGUUACUCCUCAUGGUCCAAACUUGAUCGUGUUUUAUGGAAAUAGGUUUAAAAUCAAUGAGGAUGGAUACCUGCUUGGUUGGACAAUCUACCAGAAUGAAAAAGUUUCAAGAGGACUGUAUUUGGAUAUAUGGAGGCUGGAUAACGCGGGUUAUUGGGUGAAUGUAAAUAAGACGAAACUGCUGACGAAUGCGAAGAGGAAUCACUCUGUCGGAUUCCAGGAGGAAAUCAAGGUGAAAGCCGGAGAUGUAAUUGGCAAUCACCCAGUUCCUGGUAAACGUGUAGGCACAGCUUACCGGGCAGACAAACUUACCAACGGACCCUAUCCCAUCACCCUCGGCGCCAGUCUUAACGAUGAAAAACUUGAGAAAGCCGGCAACAAAAUCAAGAAGACUAAAUACCCAUAUGGAAGACUUGAAGCGAUUGGAGCUCAUGUUCUCAAAAUGCCAUCUACUGACGCGGACUGUGAAAUGACGUACGUUGAGAUGAUCGGUAUCUCGACUUUCAAGGCGUUCCAUUACCACACAAUAGCUGGAAGUACCAAGUUCAAAUGUGCCAUUGAAUGUUCUCGUCGUACUCUCAGCCUGGCAUUCACCUUUACAGCGAAUACCAAGGAAUGCAAACUCUUCUCGAAAAUAUGGGAGGACUAUUCCUAUGUAGGGAAUGUUCCUACUGUUACGCUUGCCACAGACCAGAAACUGUUUGUCGCCGCGGCUACAUAAUGCAAACUGCAACCUGACAUAUACAAAGUGGUUUUUCUACACAGACAACACUAUGUCCACUAGUUUGCCACAGUUUUCGCAAUAUCUAAACUACUCGAGAUAUCCGCUUUUCGCCUAGCAAUGACAGUAGCCUCUUGCAAUACUCUUUUGAGGAGUUCAAAUCAGCACCGCGCGGCUGGUAGAAGUUGGAAAAAAUUGUCCUGAGUUUGCAUCCAUGCAGUUUCGCAUGCACUCGAAUCAAUAUCCCUCGGUAAAUUACGCUUUACAUCCGCGUUUCUUACUUGUUUUUCCUUGUUUUAAAAAUUGAUUCCAAGCAACAAAUCACCCAAAUAGGUUUUCGAAUGCAGUGCCAAUUUGCAGGAAAAGGCACGAACAUGGUGAUGUUAAGGUAACCCUCAAUAAAACUUCGUAAAAUGUAAACGCACGUGUUUUUAUGCCUGGAAAAGUACUUUCCUUCUGCGGACAACUCUUUAAUAAAUUGAUAAGGUGAUCUUUUUGAUUGAUUGACUUGAUUACAAGUGAAUACGAAUCAGUCAUGGUUGUCAAUUUAAUUGACUAAUUAUCGAUGUGUGUGAUUGGAUUAGUAACAAGCCCUGCUAUAGUGAGCGACCUGUGAUUAUCAUUCACCAUUAAGCGAAAACAGAUACUCUAUAUCAUAGUUAUGAACUAAAGGCCCCUAACUAUGAAACAUUUAAUAAUUUAUGAUGAUUUACAUGUACAUGAUUGUAUGUGUAGUAUUUGGCAAAAAUAAUUUUCAACUCUUAUUCGUAUCAUCUAUACACCUAUUUAAUUUCGCCGCUUAUAGUUUGCUUUUUAAUUAUAUUUUUUGAAGAGAAUCCAUCUCCACAUUGUUUUCAAUUUACUUGUUCGAACGCUUUUGGCCGGUAUCGUGACUUAUACCAGUCUACGUCUACCAGACGUCCUUUUGAACAAUUCUAACCACGAGCCACAAUCGUAUGACCUUCCCUGCAUCACUCACAUAUUUUUAUCAGUACAAGUACAAAUGUCGAAAACAAUAUCAUAAUUGGUUUACGGGUCCGUAAAAGUGAACAAAUCUAAUGGCCAUUUCGUGUUUAGCGGUAGCCAAAGACGAUACAAAGGGAUUCACUAAAGGGCCGAGAGAUAAUUUCUUACUUCCACUUCAGAAUAAGGGUUCGCGCAAAAUCGGUGUUGGUCUCUGCCUGUGGCGAGAGUUCCUAGAACGCGUGGGUUUGCUACAAACACUUGAUUUCUAGGCACUGUUAGAUCCUACUUUUUUUACCAAGGCCCGGGCAGGCUAAAGGCCACUUAGAUUUUUCUUGGGCCUACGCUACAUUCCAAGCGUCAAAUUUACGCCUAUAUAUUGUGCAGCGAGCAACAUCCAUAAAAUAUUUUGACAUCUUUGAUAUGGAUGUGAUGUUAUCAAAAUUGCCAGUCGACUAAGAGAAUUGGUUCAAAAUUACAUUAAACUAAACUUAUUCUUGUUAAUUAGCAUAAUACAAAGUUAAUUAAAUAAUAAUACAAAAUUAAAUUAAACUAAACUUAUUCUUGUUAAUUAGCAUAAUACAAAGUUAAUUAGCCAUGAACAGGAAACCACUGAUCAAUCAAGGAUGAAUACGAUGAGCGGUGAUUUCGGUUCAUCUGGGAUAGACCUAAUUACGAGGUAAUAGGGGUCGAUCAACCUUGUCAAGGACUCCAUGCCCGUAACGGGGUGACAGGUAACUAGAUGAUCACACAGCGGGCACCUGCCUAAAAAUCUGAACAAUUGUCAAAUCCUGGUAUUUAAUCCUGGGCGAAGGCGAUCUUCCACAUUCAGUCUUAUGACUUGGUGGAAUAGGUUACAGUUACACUUUAUCGAUACAACCAUGAAGCCCUUUCCCGAUUUCGACUUCCUCUUCCAAGCUGAUUCGACGACGAUGGAUAACAUGGAUCAGCUAAGUCUUUCACCAGUGGAUGAUAUCGUACCUUCUCCAGUCAGUAUCGGCCUCGACUUGGACGGGGACCAGUUCAUCGACGAUCUCAAGAGCUUCCAAUGCAUGGCGGACAGCAUUGCAGAUCCGUUGUCUAUCUACGAACCGAUCAGCCCAGCCAAGAGUAAGAGUCCAACGAAAGUCCGACGAACCAAUAGCCUCAGCGAUCGCAGCAGCAUCAGCUCCGAAUACAGCUCCCCGUCACCGCCGUCGUCUGUCUCGUCUCCACUCUCAAGACAGACGAGCAGCUCGUCCGAGGACAAUGUUGAAGACGCACUCGCCGCCUUGGAGAAGAAACUCUCACAGCCUACUUACACCACUGCCAAAGACAAUGAGAAACCCAAGAAGGAUGACAAGCCAGAGUUUUCCUAUAUCGCCAUGAUCGCUAAAGCCAUACUGAGCACGCCACAGAAACGCAUGAUACUUGGGGACAUCUACCAGUACGUCAUGGACAACUUCGCCUACUACAACAACAACGAGAGGGCCUGGAGGAACAGCAUCCGUCACAACCUGUCGCUGAACGAGUGUUUCAUCAAGAGUGGCCGCUGCGAGGGCGGCAAGGGCAACUACUGGAGCAUCCAUCACACCUGCGUGGAGGAGUUUGCCAGAGGUGACUACAGCCGCAGACAAGCGAGAAAACGAGUUCGACGUGGAAUGAAAGCCAUGAUCAGCACAUUGCCUGUCGACAAGAAGGAGACGCUUCCAUACGUUCCGAUGGGUACCAGUCAUGUCGCCAGGAAUAACUACCACCCUUACGCCACGCCAUACUCCAGCUACAGGAAUACGAUGCAGUAUACCAGUAAUCAACAAACGCCAAACUACGUCAUGCCGCGUAAUGCGUCUACCAACGUUUCGCCUGCCAACAGUUUGUCGCCAACGAGUUACAGCAGUUUGUCACCUACAGGGUUGAACACCUCCUCUCCGACUGGUUUCAACUCUUCAUCGCCACCGAGUUUCAACGCGUCCAUGUCUCCUACGCCUCCGUCAUACAGCAGCGUGUCUCCGACGUCGUACACCAAUAUAUCACCUACGAAUUACGGGAGUUUGAAAGUGGACACUACAUUCGGGACCCACGGCAAUACUGCUUACGUGAAUGCUUCCAAUAACGCUUACAGAUCGCAAGAAAACGGCUACUCCUAUCAGGUACCCACGAACAGCCUGCUCAUGGCAUACACCGGUCAAUCGACGAAUACGACAUCGUUAGGAAAUUGCUCUAACCUCGCCUACAAUCCUACGUCAUGGAACGUCCAGAACAACGCUUACGGUUCAAACGGAAAUUACUACAGUGGUGUCAACAGAGGACUCUUGAAGCCUGCGAUAAACUCGAACGCUUGUGCCUAUUCGUGCUAAUUUACAAAACAUGGAUACCACUGACUUUGAAAGUGAUCUCAAGACAUUCGACAAGUUCAGCUAUGAACGCUUUCGAUUACAAACCACAAUGUAUCUAAUUGAUAUUGAUGUUCAUUCGACAAAGUAUCUUCUGCUAAAAAGUUUCUUGAAGAUUCAUAAAAAUCAUGACCAGCUCGAUAGAGUGGAUAAUAAUUAAGACGACCAGAAUACAAUUGGUCUUAACAUACUUCAUUUACUAGAAGUAUCGUGUUUACAUUUCACAAGUAUAACCAAAAUUCAACUUUCAUUCAAAACCCACGACAACUCCAACUUGAACAUGCUUUUGUGCUAAAUCACCGUGCUAAACAAUUAUGCUAAUUAAGUUUGAAAGUGAGAAAUUGCUCAAUGAAUGUGUGGGCUUUUGAUAUGUGCUUUGUUCAAGUUGGAGAUAUGUAACAAUUUAAUUAAUUUUACGACUUGAAAAUAAUCAUUCGUAUUAAUUCAACAUAGACAAUCCAACUAUGAUACUGUUGGUGAUUUUUAUACAUUGACGACCAAAAAUACCUAAAAAUGGGUAAAAGAAAUUCGACUAUUUUUGCGACGAAAUAUCGCAUGGUUUUUGGUAGCGCCAUUUAAUGGCAUCUGUAGUGGGCCUUCGUGACGACUUAAGAGUGACAAUUUGAAGCAAUUAAUUGAUGUAUCUAUUUAUAUAUUAGUUAAUUAAUUUGAUGUAUAAGACGACGACUUCACUUUACUUGCUCCACAGAAUGUGGAUGAUAUGUGUUUGUCUUUCGUUCCGAUAUGUAUUUUGUAUGUUUUAUUUUUCAUUG